CAAGGCACAUCAGGGCCAGGAAUGCUUCGCUCAGUGACAGAAAUACCUGCAAGAUUCAGAUGUAUUUUCAGCCAGUUUCCCUAUUUCAAUUAUGUGCAGUCAAAUGCUUUAGAUGAUAUUUUGUAUACCAAUAGAAAUUUUGUUGCUUCUGCUCCCACGGGGUCAGGGAAAACUGUACUCUUUGAGUUGGCUAUCAUCCGAUUACUCAUGGAAUCUACUGAGCCUUGGCAGAAUGUGAAAGCAGUAUACAUUUCACCCAUUAAAGCCCUCUGCAGUCAGCAGUAUGAAAACUGGAAACAAAAGUUUGGAAGGUUAGGACUCAACUGUAAGGAGUUAACUGGAGACACAGAGGUAGAUGACAUCUUUGAGAUUCAAAAUUCUCAUCUCAUCAUGACAACACCGGAAAAAUGGGACAGCAUGACGAGAAAGUGGAAGGACAACUGCUAUUUACAGCUGAUACAGCUGUUUCUCAUUGAUGAGGUACAUGUGGUAAAAGAUGCACAACGUGGAGCUACACUGGAGGCAGUAAUUAGCAGAAUGAAAGCCAUGAACACUUGCCGUGGGUUUGAAGAUCAAAAGUCAAACACAAGAUUUGUUGCUGUGUCUGCUACCAUUCCAAAUAUUUUAGAUAUAGCAUGCUGGUUGUCUGACAGUGUGGGACCUGCAGCUUGCCUCGAAAUGGAUGAGAGCCACAGGCCGGUAAAACUCCGGAAAGUGGUGUUGGGUUUUCCAUGUUCCAACAGUCAAACAGAGUUCAAGUUCGAUCUUUCCCUCAACUACAAAAUGGGCAACAUCAUUCAGACCUAUUCAGAACAGAAACCAUCACUUGUGUUUUGUUCUACAAGAAAGGGAGUUCAGCAGUCAGCAGAGGUACUUGCCAAGGAUACCAGAUUCAUUAUGAGCAUUGGUCAUAAAGAAAGGCUGGUGAAAUAUGCAGAUUCUCUCAUUGACUCAAAACUAAAAGAUUUAGUUUUGCAUGGUGUUGGAUAUCAUCAUGCAGGUGUUGAUGGAUCUGACAGGAAAGUGAUUGAAGAUGCUUUUACAAAGGGAGAUCUACCUGUACUCUUCACUACAAGCACUCUGGCGAUGGGAAUGAACCUUCCAGCUCAUCUUGUGGUGAUCAAAUCCACGGCACACUAUGUAGGAGGUACAUGCCAAGAGUACAGUGAGGCAGAUAUUCUUCAGAUGAUUGGUAGAGCAGGCAGGCCACAGUUUGACACUUCAGCAACUGCCGUGAUUAUGACAAAAUUGCAAACAAAAAACAAAUACACCAAGGUUUUAAGUGGAGCAGAGACUAUUGAGAGCAGUUUGCACUUAAACUUGCUGGAACACCUGAAUGCUGAGAUAGUUCUUCACACCAUUUCUGAUGUAAAUAUGGCACUGGAUUGGAUCCGCUCCACAUUCCUGUAUAUCCGGGCCAUGAAAAAUCCUGCACACUAUGGAUUCCCUUCAGAGCUGGAUAAAAUUGGAAUUGAAGCAAAUUUGCAAGAUUUGUGUUUGGAAAAUUUGAUGGCACUUUCUGGUGUUGGUCUGAUUACCAUGGAUGAGGAUGUCAACAUCAAACCAAGCGAAACGGGGAAACUGAUGGCAAGAUACUGUGUGGCAUUUGACACCAUUAAAUAUUUCACAAGUAUAUCUGGCAUGGAAUCUCUGUCUGAUUUGGUUACCAUGGUAUCUAAGAGCAAGGAGUUCCGUGAUAUACAGCUGAGAGUGCAUGAGAAACGAAUCCUGAACACAUUGAAUAAAGAUAAGAACAGGAUAACAAUCAGGUUUCCUAUGGAGGGAAAAAUCAAAAACAAUGAAAUGAAAGUAAAUUGCUUGAUCCAGGCCCAACUAGGGUGCGUCCCUGUCCAGGACUUUGGACUCUCACAGGAUAUGAACAGAAUAUUCAAAAAUGGUGUUAGAGUGAGCAAAUGUCUUGCAGAGAUUCUUGACCACCUUCACCAAAAGAAUUUUUCAGCACUACUGAGUGCUUUGAUACUCGCAAAGUGCUUUCGAGCAAAGCUGUGGGAAAACUCUCCUUAUGUCUCCAGGCAGUUGGAUAAAAUUGGGAUAUCCCUGGCCACAGCCAUGGUGAAUGCAGGACUGACAACAUUCACAAAGAUUGAGCAGACUAAUGCCAGAGAGCUUGAACUGAUUGUCAACAGACAUCCCCCUUUUGGAAACCAAAUUAGAGAGCGCAUACUUGCACUGCCAAAGUAUGAACUUCACUUGGAACAGCUUCCCGUGUACAGCAACUCAGCAGCAGAAAUUUCAGUCACUGUGAACAUGAGAAAUUUUGAUCAACUGAUUGCAAAAAAUACACCUCUGAGUCACCAUUACGUCACAGUAAUCAUUGGAGAUUGUGACAAUAAUGUGGUGUUCCUCCAAAAACUCUCUGAUACUGUUUUUAUGAAAUCAGGAACUUGGUCAAGGAAGGUUUGCAUUACAAGGGCUGCCAAAGGAGGAGAAAUCAGCGUAAACUUAAUAAGCUCUGAAUAUGUUGGACUAGACAUUCACCAGAGAGUCAGUGUUUUCUACUCUGCAAAACCAUUUGGAGUUAGAAACUCGAGCCUUGAGAGUUCUCCGUCCUCAAUUCCGAAAGGAAGUAGCAUGACUGUGGAUGACCCAGCUAUAGAAGUAGGAGUCACAAGUCAAGAGCACAGAGCACAGACCACAACUCUCACAAACAAUGUUAACUGCACAGAUGCUUUACAUAAAGAUUCCUCAAAGCUGAAAACAGAAAAACGACAAUGCAACCACUUCUGUAAGAACAAGGAGCAGUGUGGUCAUGACUGUUGUAAAGUGGGCGUGCAGGUUGUACUAAAAAGGACAGUACAACCAGGAUUGCACUUUUCAUCUUACCUCAGGGACCUGGUGAGCAGAAAUGAGACAUUCAUUGAAACUCCGGUGAAACGUUUAAAGAUGAGAAUACACCACACGAGUGAAACAGCAGAAGUACCACAGUUCAUUUCGGCUGCAGCCUCAAGAUUUGACCAGAAACAUGAAUGCACUGAAAUUAGAUCCCAGGCUGUAGACUUUUCACAGGGCUUCCUUUCAGCAGAACAUAUGUUUCAGUUUGAAGUCCACCAAGGUCAUCAAACAUCAUUAUGUCCUGCAAAAGAAAUGCCCGUUGGAGACCUUACAAGUGCUCCACCAUGUGCUGCUAUCAAAACAUCCCCAUCUAAUCAUGAGAAUGAUAUCCGUAAUGGACCGCAGAAUUUCUUUACAAAGAAGAUGGCCAAAGGAGGUGACAUUAAGUGCAGCUCCCUGGUCGAUAAUGACUGCACAGAAUUUGAAGAUUUUCUUGGAAUAUUUGAUGGACUCCUUUAGAUUUUACCAGCAACAUGGUUGUUUUAUACCACUAUUAUUACUUUUAUUGUGAACCCCUGGAGUUGUUUAUAUUUCUUCAAAAAACUAGUAAGGUUUCAUAUUUUAAUGCUAGGCUUUUUCUCUUUCGUUUUUACAAGAGAUCACAUUAGGCCCUAAUAUUGGUUGUCUGAUAAUGACUUAAUAACUGAAGUUAAUUUUAGUUUAGUUCAUAACUUUAAGUCCAUUAACAAAGUACGCACUUUGACAUGCGUUUUCAUUUUAAUUGUCUUUGCUCAUGAAUGUUAUCCUAUGAUUAAAAAUAAUUGUCGUUUUUUGUUAAGUAUUCACGUGAAUCAAAUUGUAGUGUUUUAUACAAUGUAAAUGAUUCCAUCUUCUGUUCUGUAGUUUUGGAGGGGGAUAAGUUGCAUAAUAUAUCUUCACUAAUUAUCAUUGUG